AUGUCAUCUUCCUCUCUCGCUGGCCGACUGUAUACAGUUGGCGUGUCACUCUUGAUUGCCUCUAUUGCAUACCCAUCUCAAUUCUUCCUCUUUGCCCCCGGUUUUCAGGAUGCCGCCUCCUGUAUAAAAGCUUUACUUCCAUUGAACCUUUUGGUUCUCAUGGUAUACUGGAAUUACUACCUAGCUGUGAAAACAGAUCCAGGUCAAGUACCAGAAGAAUGGGUGAGAUCUUUGUUGGUACCUUGCAAUGAAGAACGACGAGCUGAAGGUAUUACAGGUCCACGAUACUGCAAGACGUGUGAUAUCUACAAGCCGCCGCGUACGCAUCAUUGUCGCUAUUGCCGCCGAUGCGUGCUCAAAAUGGAUCAUCAUUGUCCGUGGAUAAAUAACUGCGUUGGAUAUCACAACUAUCCACAUUUUGUAAGGUUCACGCUCUAUGUGAGCGUUGCUUCACUUUAUAUUCUCAUACUGCUAAUAUGGCGUGUCCGCACUAUACUCAACGACCUUUCGCAUUUUCGGUUUGACUCGGAACCAACCACUGCUGAAGUUAUCUUGUACGUAGUCGAGUUUGCACUGGCAAUCAUUGUUUUGUUUUGUGUUGGAAUGCUCUGUGUCUACCAUCUGUAUUGCUUGGCCCGGAACCAAAGUACCAUUGAAGGAUGGGAGCGAAGUAAGGUGAAUCGGUUGAUCCGGAGAGGCAAGAUAUCACCGGUCAAGUAUCCGUUUGACGUUGGAUUUUAUCGAAACAUCUGCUUGGUCAUGGGCAACAAUCCAUUACUUUGGCUAUGGCCACAACAAGUGCGUGGUGACGGCCUAACAUUCCCUGUAAUAUCGCAUACAGGUACAAUAACCAUCCUAGAUAACAAAUCACUGUCAAAAUAUACAGCAAUUCAUAUGGAUGCAUAG